GGGUGGACACAUGGAAGAGGAGUCCACGUGGGUGGACACAUGGAAGAGGAGUCCACGUGGGUGGACACAUGGAAGAGGAGUCCACGUGGGUGGACACAUGGAAGAGGAGUCCACGUGGGUGGACACAUGGAAGAGGAGUCCACGUGGGUGGACACAUGGAAGAGGAGUCCACGUGGGUGGACACAUGGAAGAGGAGUCCACGUGGGUGGACACAUGGAAGAGGAGUCCACGUGGGUGGACACAUGGAAGAGGAGUCCACGUGGGUGGACACAUGGAAGAGGAGUCCACGUGGGUGGACACAUGGAAGAGGAGUCCACGUGGGUGGACACAUGGAAGAGGAGUCCACGUGGGUGGACACAUGGAAGAGGAGUCCACGUGGGUGGACACAUGGAAGAGGAGUCCACGUGGGUGGACACAUGGAAGAGGAGUCCACGUGGGUGGACACAUGGAAGAGGAGUCCACGUGGGUGGACACAUGGAAGAGGAGUCCACGUGGGUGGACACAUGGAAGAGGAGUCCACGUGGGUGGACACAUGGAAGAGGAGUCCACGUGGGUGGACACAUGGAAGAGGAGUCCACGUGGGUGGACACAUGGAAGAGGAGUCCACGUGGGUGGACACAUGGAAGAGGAGUCCACGUGGGUGGACACAUGGAAGAGGAGUCCACGUGGGUGGACACAUGGAAGAGGAGUCCACGUGGGUGGACACAUGGAAGAGGAGUCCACGUGGGUGGACACAUGGAAGAGGAGUCCACGUGGGUGGACACAUGGAAGAGGAGUCCACGUGGGUGGACACAUGGAAGAGGAGUCCACGUGGGUGGACACAAACAUAUUUCUUUACAUUCAGAGAUUUUCUAAAGACCAGUUUGACCAAUGUUUUAGGAACCACUGUGUGUCAGCUGUGUUCGAUGACAGUGAUGCGGCCGACCUGACUCUGAUAUCACUGAGAGGGCGUUGCGUCGCGACAGCAAGGGUCUCUCUGAAGUCCAACUGGCCAUAUCAGAGCUGACUGAUUUGGUCGCUGUGUGGCAGUCAACCCUGAGAAUCCACACGAUAGACUACAGAAGGCAGGACCUGCGUGAGAGAAAGAGGCUGCUGCAACUCUGUGCCGAGGUGAACAACCUCUAUGAAGACGUUCUGUACGUGCAGAAGGAGCUCAGUGUCCGGGUCAUCGGUCCCUCUCUUUCCAGUCAUCUCUUUACUGAGUGGGUGAAGGAUCGAAUGGAUCAACCGCAUAAAGAGGACUUCUUGUAGUGGGGGUCAGAAUGUGAAUCAUUUUACCAUUCUGCAAUAGCAGCUAGUGCACAAAGAGCUUUUUUUUGCGCGGUAUAUAUUGAUAGCACUGUGAGACGUUUUCAAGAGAUUUCUGUGACAACUAAAUAGAAUUGAGUUUGUGUUAUUUGCUGUGUCUCAACAAGGAUGCUGUUUUGUGUCAAGCUAGCCACGAGGGCAUAACUAGAUAAUAGACUAGAAACGACAUGUUAAUGAGUCAACACUAGAGGGUGCUGUUUUGUGUCAAGCUAGCCACGAGGGCAUAACUAGAUAAUAGACUAGAAACGACAUGUUAAUGAGUCAACACUAGAGGGUGCUGUUGUACCGAAUAUAUACACAAUUUGUUCCAUUAAAUCAAUUAUUUCUGUGUGUCCUGAC